AUGCCCUCAAACAGCAGACGACACCUCACUCAACCAGCACUGACCACGCAAACAAGUGUGGUUACCAAUGACCUUCCAAGUCCACAACCGUUGCGAGAACUCUCACCUGGAGAUGGAACCGCGUUACCAGCAUCGUUAUUGUCUUCCCGAAAAACGCUCCCAGACACCUUUCCUGGAUUCUUUACAGGUGAUACUUACAUACAGUGCGAUACGGUGAGACCACCCAGGCAAUGGCAGCUUCACAGUGCAGUUCUUACUCGAAAUUCUCCCUGGUUUGCGCGAUCCAUUCGAGAACAGCAAGCGGCUUCAAAGACUGCAGACUGGCUUUUAUUCGCUCUCGAGAAGAUUAACGAUCGGUUUGUACUGGUCGCUCAGAAUCCAGAAGGCGACCGACCUAUCAGCCGCAAACCAGAUUCUGACGAGACGUUGCUGAAGGAAUGCCAGAGCAAAUGCAUAUCUCAACGAGCCAAAACAAAAAUCAUCCAAGAUGACAUUGUAGUCUACGAACAGGUAUUUGGAUCUUUCUACAACAUUGCUCCACGUAUCGAAGCCACCAACGUCAAGACUGCCACAUCGCAAGCCAAAGCGCUUGUCAAGAUAGCACAAGACCUCGGAUGCAUUCACCUCAUCUCCUCGCACGUUGGUAAUGCUCUCUUGCAACAUCGUCAAUCGCUCUACAAAGCCAUCUUAGACGACCCACCACGCUAUCUUCUCCUCGCCUCAGCGCUUGAGAACGAAUUCAUCUAUGCCGAAUCCCUCAUCCACCUCAUCGGUGCACAUCCCUGCUGGCCAUGGCCUACGAAACAAUCAGCACUUCCAGACACAAUCCGCCAGCUCAUCGUCAAAAAGUCAAGAGAGCUGGACAUGCAGGUUCUAGAAACCGAGCGCGAACUCCUCCUCCUCACAAUCACUACAAAGCGCGGCAUUCCAUACUCGGCAGAAUCUCACUCCCAAUUCGACACUUGGUUCGUGGUCCAGAUGUUCCGGGAUACGCUCACCAAUGUUUUUCGCCAACACGAUGCGUCCAAGCCUUCCCUUAAGCGCGGCAAUUUGUUUCGUAAGAUCAGGGCGGAUGGCAGUACGUACAUGGCGUAUGAGGACGUGCGGAGGAUGGUGCAGGCUGUGAUGCCCAGCGCGGUGGAGACGCUGGGUGAGGACUUGAGGAUCCUUAAGGAAUUUGCGAGCGAGAUUGUGGAGAAUUUGGCAAGGAAUGAGCUGAGCUUGGAUGUUGAAGAGAAUAAGGUGGGGUGGUUGACUUGUGCGAAGGUUGAGAAAGAGUAUAUCCCAUGGAGAGCGGGUGAAAGAUAA